GUCUCUAAGCCAUUUAUAGACGCGCGUGAUAUGUCGUGGCCGCAGUUAUCACUUAAUCGUCGCCAGUAGACGAUCCGAGAUGCACUUCCACAGAGAUUCGCGGAUCUGCGCUUUCGCAUCGCGAAGAACUGUUUUCGCGAGCAGUACACGACCGGCCACGUUGGUCGUGAACGACGGGAAAAUCGGAGAAAUUCUUUAUGACACCGGUGAGGAUGUCGUGCGAUACCUGUCGGAGAAGUAUCCCGGCAUCCCGAUUAACGAUUGCGGCUCGUUAGUGCUGAUGCCUGGAAUAAUAGACUCUCAUGUGCACGUAAACGAACCCGGCAGAACGGAAUGGGAAGGAUUUCACAGCGCUACACGAGCGGCCGCGGCCGGCGGUGUCACGACGAUCGCGGAUAUGCCUCUAAAUUCUAUUCCGCCUACCACAACCUUGGACAAUCUUAAAGCUAAAGCAAAGGUGGCGUACGCCAAGGUGUUUGUGGACGUCGCGUUUUGGGGCGGCGUGAUACCAGGAAACCAGCGCGAGUUGCGAUCGUUGGUGGACGCAGGUGUGGUCGGUUUCAAAUGCUUCCUCUGUCCGAGCGGAAUCGACGAAUUUCCACACGUCUCGGUGGACGACGUGCGAAGGGCUUUGACGGAAUUACUACCCACGAGAUCCGUGUUAACGUUCCACGCGGAAUACGGAGAGCCUGAAGAGACAAAUCGGCUGGUCGACGAUCCACGAUCAUAUGACACUUUCCUGCGUUUCCGGCCCGACCGAAUGGAGCUUGAUGCCGUCAAAUUAAUCUGCGACUGGUGUACAGGAUAUAACUUUCGAUGCCACAUCGUGCAUUUAUCAAGCGCGGAAUGCCUGACGUUAAUAAACGAUGCCAAGGCUCGCGGCGCACCUUUGACCGUGGAAACCUGCUAUCACUAUUUGGUGCUCACCGCGGAGGAGAUACCGGAAGGUUCCACCGUGUUCAAAUGCUGCCCGCCGAUCAGGAGCGAAAGUAAUCGAGAGCGAUUGUGGCACGGUAUAAAAAAUGGAACAUUGGACAUGGUCGUGUCGGAUCAUUCGCCCUGCGUGCCGGAACUGAAAACUCGCGGCGAUUUUCUGCGCGCCUGGGGUGGUAUCUCUUCAUUGCAAUUUGGAUUACCGCUGAUGUGGACAGCCGCAAAAACGAGAGCUCUGACAUUUCCUGACAUCUCCAGAUUACUCAGUAGUCAGCCCGCGAAAUUGUGCGGCCUCGAAGGUCGCAAAGGUACUCUGUCGGUAGGAAUGGACGCGGACUUCGUUAUUUGGGAUCCGGAUGAAAGUAUCAAGAUCGAGAAGGAUAACAUUCACUAUAAGAACAAACUAUCACCUUACGAGGGAAAAGUUCUCCUCGGGAGAGUAGUCGCGACCGUGCUCGGUGGACGAUUUAUUUUCAAGGAGGGAAAGAUUUGCGAGAAACCCGUGGGAAAGUUGCUGUUAAGCAAAGACAUUUUGGAGCCGACAGAGAGGGAAUCUCAGUGAACAAUUCCAUAUUUCAUUAUUAUGUACAGCGACAUUGGGAAUUCGGCGAGAACCGCACGCAAAAAAAAAACUAGCUUCCAGAGCUAAAAAAUAACUGUGGCAGAUAAGAUGUGUCACUAAAAUAGGGAUAGCUAAUAUCGAUACUACCAAAGCUAAAUUUAUUCACUGUUAAACUUACA